AUGUUAUCAGCGGAUAGUGCUGCAGCAGCUGCUGCAGCAGCUGCUGCAGCAGCAGCAGGUGAUGCAUGCAGCAGCAACAGCCCAUCCUUGGGUCCCCCCUUACCGGCUAGCUCUGAAGAUACAGACGCCUUAGGGAGUUUAACAGAGGGUUGGAUACCUCAAGGAUUGGAUCGUUCUUCUUGUUCGUCCUCUCCUUCUCCUCCCCCCUCCUCCUCCUCCUCCUCCUCCUCCGCCGCCGCCGCAGCAGCAGCAGCAGCUGCUGCUGCUGCAGCAGGAACAGGAGAGGUAGAUGUAGGGGGACUAAUAGGAAGAAAUACAUUCUUACAACAAAAGGAUAUAUGCCGUAUGACUAUUGAAUGUUUAGGGGUAAUAAGACCAUCAUGGCGAGACACCUCAUUAGGGGGUAUACAAAGUAUAGCUUAUUAUAGACAUAUAAAUAAAGUUGCUGCUGCUGCUACAUUUACGGAUCUACAAAGAUAUAUUGAUGUAUUAGAGCCUCUAUUUGCUGCUGCAGGCAGCAGCAUCAGUACAUGUCCUGCUCUGAAAUCUGCAGUAGAAGAUGUAUUAGCUAAAUGUAUGCUGCAGCAGCAGCAGCAGCAACAGCAGCAACAACAACAUCAACAACAACUUCUUCUUAAUCAUGAAGAAGAUGAUGAUCCUGAAUCUGAACAUAUACCUACAACAUCCUCUGCAGCAGCAGCAGCAGCAGCAGCAGCAACUGCAGCAGCAGCAGCAGGAGGAGCAUGUGGUAUUAUUGAUGAAGUCUGUCUUAAACUUGAUGAUUUACAUUUUCUUUUGUCCUUUCAAUUCGAUUUUUCUCUUCCUCCUCAUCCUCCUGUUUCUCAUCUAGUUAUAGAUGACCCUCAACCUUCUCUAACUAAGAGGCAUAAUAAUAUACUACCUCCUCCUACUACUACUGUUGCUGCUGCUGCCGCUGCUGCUGCCGCUGCUGCUGCUGCUGCUUCGGCUGCUGUUGAUCAUGUUAAUGAUACACAUGAUGUUGCUGCUGCUGCAGUACAUAGCAGCAGCAACAGGAGAAUCAUACAGCAGCACAAGAGGAAACUUCCACCACACCAACACCAUCUUGAAGAUGAGCCGUGUGCAGCUACUCUUCCACCUCUCACGUCACCAGCAGCAGCUGCUGCAGCUGCUGCUGCUGCUGUUGCUGUAGCAGCAGGUACAGGUAUUGACGCGUUGGGGUUAGGCUGCAGCAGCACCAACAGCAGCGGUUGCAGCAGCAACCAUAGUAGGCGCGUUUCCUUAAACUCGCCAGCUGUUGGAUGGGGUUUGCCUGCAGCAGCAACAACUGCACCAACUGCAGCAACAGCAGCAGCAACAGCCGACUGGCACAGCAGCACAAAGGUUGAGGGUGGGGUCUCUCCUCCCCUUGAAGACAGCCUUGCCGCACCAGCCUCUCCUCAGACACCAGCAGCAGCUGUCGCAGCAGCCGCUGCUGCUGCAGCAGACACUGCUGUAUCGCCUGUUUGGCAUAUAGAAGGAACUCCGCCAUCUGCUGCUGCUGCAUAUAUGUCUCCUGUAUCUGGAUUCUGCCCCGGUGCCGCUGCUGCUGCUAAAGUUCAGCAGCCAGCAGCAGAAGCAGAAGAGGCAGCAGCAGCAGCCCCAGAGGCGCCGCUUGUUGCGCCUAUCUCUGCCGCACCCUUCUCUAUGCAGUUGCCUUGCUCUCAGCAGCAGCAGCAGCAGCAAACAGCUUUGUAUGUACAGGGACAUGGGGAUAACGUUAACUGCAUGCCCUACGGGGAGGAGAUGCUGCAGCAGCAGCAUACGCCAUUAACCCCAGUGCUGCCUUUUCAAGGAGCGCAGGAGGACUUUGCUGCUGCUCCUACCGACCAGCAACAACAACAGCAACAGCAACAGCAACAGCAACCACAACCGCAACCGCAACAACAGCAACCGCAGCAGCAGCAACAGCCACAACAGCAGCAGAAGCAGAAACAGCCCCAGAGAAACCGCCAUCCCACACCGAAAUCCCGCCGCUCAUCAGCAGCAACAGUUUCGCGAGCAGCAGCAGCAACAGCAGCAGCAGCAGCAAACAGUAGCAUACCUUCUACGCCUUCCUCAUCGCAGAAACAGUGCCGCUUAGAAAUGUCUCCAGCAGGUGGUCCUGCAGCAGCAACAGCAGCAGCAGGACCUCCAAAUGGGGGAGCGGAAGCAGUAGCGAAAACAGAACCAGGUACAGGAGGUGCAGCAGCAGCAGGAGCAGCAACAGCAUCAUCCGGAGCAGGUUCAGGAACCAGCUCAGGAGCAGCAGGAGGAGGAUCAUCAGGAUCAACAAGCGGAGGAGCAGCAGGAGAUGAAUGGUGGUUAGUACCUCAACCUCGUGAGGAUCCACCUCUAUCAGCAGCAGAAGUAGAGUUGCUGCUGCAGCAGCAGCAGCUACCUGCAUGCCCUUCUGUUGUAUACGAUAGAAGUGCUUUUUGUUUUUAUGCAUUAUGGAGAUUAAGAGAUGGAGUCUUCCAGAGAAGAAAAUGUCUAAUUGAACCUCUGGGGGCUAGGGAAGCACAUAGACAAGCUGUACAAACCCUCAUGAAGAUAGGACGUCGUCCUCCUGGUGUAGUAUAUGACAGCAGAAGCCAGAAAUGGAGUGUCUGUGUUACUCGGCAUAAUGGUAGACAUCGCGCAUCUUUUUCUGUAAAAAAAUUCGGAUUUGAAGGAGCACAUCAAAAAGCAUUAGAUUGGUAUGACGCAAAGCGUGUAGAGUUGGGUUUAAGGGAAGCCCCUGGGCAGACAGAAGUGGAUAUGCAAUUUGCUAGUGUUUUGUCAUCUGAUGAACUUCUUGCUCUUGCACAGCAUGCACCUGAUGCUGCUCCUCCUGCUGGUGCUGCUGCUGCUGUUGCUGCUGUUGCUACUGCUUCUCCGAAUACAGCAGCACCUACUACUACCAACCCACCAUCUAACAAGAAAAAACAACAGCAGCAACAACAACAUCAGAAACAGCAAAAUCAGCAGCAGCAGCAACAGAACAUGCAUCAACAGCAGCAGCCAAAUCUGCAUCAGCAGAGUCUGCACCAGCAGCAGAACAUGCCGCAGCACCCGCACCAGAAUAUGCAGCAGCAGCAGCAGCAGAGUGUGCAGCAGCAGCUGCUGCCAUUUCAUGACUAUUCAACACCCGUUGCCGUUUAUAACCCUGAUGUACCCCCAUUAGCAGUACCUACUAGUACAGACAACCCCACGCAACAGCAAGACAUGCAGCUGCUGCUACAGCAGCAGCAGAUGAUAAUGCCGAUGCAAACACCGCCGCAGCAGCAACAGCAGCCGCAGCAACAUGCAACAACAUCCACAGCAACAGCAGCAACAACAACAACAUCUGGCAGCAGACAUAGACCCAGCAAGAGAUCUAAAACAGCAUCAGGGGCUGUUGCUGAAACGGUAAAGCGGCGUGGCGAAUCUAGGUAUAGACAGGUGACUGCAGCAGCAGCAACAACAACAACAGCAGCAGCAGCAGAAGCAACUGCUACUGCAGCACCAACCGCAGCAGCGACAGCACAUGCUGCAGUAUCAGGUAUGUCGCGCGCUACACUGCCACAGCUUAUGCAGCCUUAUGAAGCCAAUGCGCAGCAGCAGCAACGGGAGCACCCACUGCAGCAAGUGCAUCACAUACAGCGGCAGCUGCAGCAGCAGCCGCAGCAACAGACACACAGUUUCUGUCCUGUUGGUAUCUCUGGGGAGCAGCACGCAGCGCACAGCAAUUAG